CGAUUAUGCUUACGGUCGCUGCGCGUGUUCAAGCAGCUCCCCAACUCUCCAGUCACGUGGUUGUAUCUGAUGGUUCUAGGCUCGCUGGCUGCAGUCUACGGACUUUUGUUUGACGGGUGGGUGCGUACGCUGUUGACACUUCGCCGUCAAAUGGUGGAAGCAGUGGGGGAAUACUCCUUCGGCGCAUUCAUUCUCUGGACGGCGUGGUGUGUGGGCUUCGGCAUGCUCGCAACCUGCUGUGGGUUCUUCAUUUCGCCCGCCUCGGACGGCUCUGGCAUCCCGACAAUGCGCGGACUAUUUGCAGGCGUGUUUCAGAAUCCGGGAGACACGCUGUCGUUCCGCACUCUCGUUGCGAGAUCCCUCGGCACCGUCCUCUCGUCCGGCUCCGGUCUCUCUGUUGGUCGCGCGGGGCCGUUCACUCAAGUCAUGUCCAUGAUCGGAUACUUGAUGGGGAAGAUCUCGCCGUUCCAACGUGUGAACUAUGGACAGCAGAACUACAACUUCAUCCGUGCAGCGGUGGCAUGCGGCAUGACAGCAAGCUUCGGGUCGCCGUUGGGAGGGGUCCUCUUCGGAAUCGAAGUGACGGCGAAAUACUACGAGAUCAAGUGCCUAUGGGAGGGCAUCAUUUGCUCGUCCUUCUGCAUCUUGGUGUUCCACAUCAUCACGUUCAUGAAGCGCGAGGUCCUAUUCGAGCGCACAAACUUCAAUGGAUUCGACGUGGACGGAGAGCUGUUCGCGUUUGUGCUACUAGGAGUCAUCACAGGCAUUGGAGCUGGGCUGUACUGUAAGAUGGCUCUGGCGCUACGAAGUGUCCAAGUUCGUCUACUGGAGAGGUUCAAUCUGACCAAACCUUCCAUGCGGCGUCGCGCAUUUCACGUCGUCUCGAUCUGUUUGGCAACUGCAAUUAUCACGUUCCCGUUCGGCAUCAUGCGCAUCUCCGAUCGACUGAUGGUGAACGAAUUGUUUCGUGACCAGGAGCUGAGCUUCCCUCAGUGGACGCAGUUCACGGACAGUAAGCACACGGCGCUCGUUGUGUACUUCCUUCUGAAGCUUAUCUCGAGUAUCCUGCCGUGUGGAGCCCCGAUCUCUUGCGGCGUCUUUGGUCCGCUGUUUACGAUGGGCGCGGCUGUCGGACGAUUCUACGGCGAGACGCUCAUGGAAGUUUGGAGUCCGAACCAAUCGCCAGCAACGUACGCAGUGGUCGGAGCCGCCUGCUUUGCUGCUUCGGCUACGCAGACAGUGUCGACCGCGGUCAUCUUCUUCGAACUCACCGGCCAGCUCAGCCACAUGGUCCCCGUCAUGGUGGCUUGCAUCGCGGCGUACUUCGUCAGUGGGAUCUUCACUCCGUCUAUCUACGACAUCCUGGCGAGCUGGGCUGGAAUGAACUCGGUUUGCUACGACUUCAACGAGCACGUGUUGAGCCAGAAGGUUGCCAAGGAUUACAUGGGAUCGGUGCCCGUCGUAUUCACUCGUGACACCACGUAUGAGGAAGCUAUCCAGGCCCUUAGCACGUACAAUAAGGAGGAGUACUUCCCACUUUGUGACAAUGUCGAGAACAAGCUGCUACUGGGCUGUCUUCGACGCUAUGAUCUGGAAGUGGGCAUUGCGAGGUUUCUCGCCAUUCACAGCAGUGGGAGCUCGGAUGCUAAAAACCCGAAGGUAACAGAUCGCAUGCAGGAGCUCAUUUCCCAAGUGCUGGACAUCGACAAGAAGAAAACCGCGGCAGUGGAAGACCUCUCCCUUCUCAAGUUCCAGCCAAAGGAUACUUCGUCGACAUCAAACAUGUUGGAGCUGGGGCCUCCUUUUGACGAAUACGAGUUCACGUCAAUUCCAGUGGAAAGUUACCCUGUCCAGGUUGGUGAGCACGUCAACUUGUACCGCGUGCACAAAUUGGCCUCGAUCUCGAGCUGGACGCAGGUGUACGUCGUCAAAUUCGGAAAGUUGCUGGGCGUCAUCCACCUGGACUCGUCCCUCACGAAACUGUGCAAGGAAGAAGUCCCCGUCCACUUCUCGUAG